CCUAAUGAGGCAGAGAAACUGUGGGCAAAACAUAUUGUAGCUCUUACUGAUGAUAUUCUGUUUAGUGUGCGUCAGCAAUCUCACAAUCCUGAGCUACAACUAACUCAAUCUGAAAUUGAAAAUGAUGCAUUAAAUCGAUUAGAAACCAUUCUUUUAAAGCAGAAUAAAUCACUAAAAGAUUUUCCAAAUAUGCCUUGUCCAGAAUCUGUUCAUGAAUUCAGGAACACCCUAUUAAAUGACGAGUUGAACUAUGAUAUAACAACUCUUACAGAUUUC